AUGGCUCUUAGACAACGGUUGUCGAACACAGGCGUGCAAAACAGCCCGUACUGUAGCUUGACACACAAACUAGCGAACGCAAUCCGGAGCUUUCAGAUUCGUGCAUCGAACAUCGUGCCAACAGAAGCAGAUGGCGCGUUGGGAGGGGCGCCGGAUACCGGCGUUGUGGUUGGACCCGUAGUGGUGGCUCCACCGGCGGAUCCGCUGGAGGCGGAUGAAGGAGCCCAGGGAUUAGGCAUUGGCUCAUUGGUUGGGGCUGCUGCACGACGUUCGCCUGCCGAAAAAAAAUAA